AUGGAGUCUAACGUUCCGUUAUACGACUUGGAGUCUAUGUCGUGUACCGCACAGCAUAGUAGCGCAUUGGCAGCCCUACGUUUACUCAGGAGUUACAAUCAUUUUCUUGUACCUCCCGAUGUCCACGGAGUAGUUCCCCUGUUGGCAACGCUGCCGCAAGCUCCCUGUCUACCAGCGUACUGCCAGCAUCUACCAGUCAGAACACCACUAUUAUCACCUACAAGUGUGUCUGAUGUUGACGUGAGAAGGCGAGGAGAGAAAAGACCUAUACCUGCGGAACUUAAAGAUGAGAAGUAUUUCGAAAGACGACGACGUAACAACCAAGCAGCGAAGAAGUCUAGAGAUGCUAGAAGAGUGAGGGAGGAUCAGAUAGCCUGGCGUGCUUGCUACUUAGAACAGGAGAAUGCGUCUCUACGAGCGCACGUCGCAGCUCUCCGCCAGGAGGCGCUAGCGUUGCGCGCACUACUGGCCCAGCCGGCACACACACACACACUCUGCGCAGACGUCGUCUCAACACAAGAGCAAACACGAACACAUGGUCAUACUUGUUCGAUAGACACACAAGGCGCCCCUACUUCCACAACAACUGAUUAACUGCACUCUG